AGUUGGAAAAAAACAGGAUGCUGAUCAGAAAAAUAGGCCAUGGUACUGCAGCGUAUGUAGCGGAUUGCAGUUUUACGUUACAUCUAUAGUGCAUUAGUGCAUAUCCCGACACCGCAAUGUCAAUAUGUGACUGUGUUUGUGUGAGCCCGACCUGGCUUCUGGUUGCUGCUGUAAGUAUACUCGGCCUGUGGCUCGGAACGCGGAAACCGCAGCACAUACCCCCAGGUCCCCCGACACUGCCGCUGAUCGGCAAUCUCCUCUCCUUGUCGGGGGGUGAUGUCAGACACAUCUUCCAGAAGUUAAGGAAACAGUAUGGCGAUGUGUUUAGCCUUUAUUUUGGCAACAAGCUCGUCAUUGUCUUUAAUGGCCACGAAACGCUCAAAGAGGCGUUUGUGAAGUAUGGGGACAAUUUCAGUGACCGACCAAAGGGGCUGAUGUAUGACGAAUAUACAAAGAGAAUGGGCAUCGUGAAUUCAAGCGGCCAGAUGUGGAAAGAGCAAAGAAAAUUCUCUCUCUCCGUUUUGCGUGACCUUGGCCUUGGCAAGAAUGUUAUGGAAACAAGUAUCCUUGUUGAAGUGACGUCGUGUCUCGACGCCAUCCUGGCGCAGAACGGCGCGACUUUCGACAUCAACAACAUCAUCAACGCAAGCAUCUGUGACGUUAUUUCGUCUCUAAUCUUCGGGAAGAGGUUUGGAUAUGACAAUGAAGAAUUCAAAUCUUUUAUGUAUGAGAUCAACGAGAAUAUGAAGAUAGUCGGCGGGACAUCACUGGGUCACUUUUUUCCAGUUUUGAAAUACUGUCCUGGAGAUCCACUCAAACUCGGGACUAUGGCUCCGCGGGAUGUCAUACUCAGGGGCUUUGUACAGAAACACAUACAGCUGCAUAAGGCGGACCCAAACCUUCAACAACAGGUCGACUUUGUUAAUGCCUAUCUGAGGGAGGUUAAACAUCAGCACACCACUAAUCCGGACAGCACUUCGUUUAGCGAUGAGAUGUUAACUCAUAUUAUUCUCGAGUUUUUCGUGGCUGGAACGGAGACGACUACAACGACAUUGCGGUGGGCUCUCCUGUACCUGAUCCUGCACCCAGACAUCCAGGAGAAGGCACAGCUAGAGUUGGACCAGGUCUUUGAGAAGGAGCACCAGCCCUCAAUGAGUGACAGGCGUUGCCUCCCCUUCAUGGAAGCUCUCAUCAUGGAGGUGCAGAGACUCGCUGAUGUUGUCCCCUUCUCUGUGCCCCACGCGCCUCCCCAGACCACACAAUUCAGGGGAUUCACCAUUCCCGAGAACACCAUACUGCUUCCGAACAUCAGCUCCGUCCUAUCCGACCCCGAUGUUUGGGGGGAUCCCGAAACAUUCAGACCGGAGAGGUUCCUAGACGAGAGCGGAAGUGUCCGUCGAGAUGAGGCAGUCAUCCCCUUCUUCAUGGGAAGAAGAAUAUGCCUUGGUGAGUCACUAGCCCGGAUGGAACUGUUUCUUUUUCUUACGUCAUUGCUGAAAACGUUCAAAUUCCGGGUGCCGGAAGGGGAACCGCCACCAGAUCUUGGAGGAAUUCUGGGUAUAACCCGGAUGCCACGGCCAUUCAAAAUAAUCGCCACUCCCAGACACAACACCUGACCACCCCUGUAUAAUACGUGCCCAGUCUGUACAAUAAUAAAUACUUGUA